UCUAAAAAUAAACUGACCAUAAAGAAAUACAAAAGAGAAUAAAUGUUAAUUACUUAAACAUAAUUAAAAAUCUAUGUGAUUUAUUACUAGCAGGUACAGGCAGUGAAUUAUUCUCAAAGAUAUUUUUUUAUCAACCUAAUGAUGCUUUAGUAGGCUUUGGAGGAUUUAUUGCAGGAAUUAUAGCAACAUAUCAAGCAAUUUGAAAAAAAGUUAAUCAAUAAUAAUUUAUAUAUAAUGAGUAAUUAAUCCUAAAAUUAAAAUUUUUAUGUUGUUCCUAUUCCAUAGAAUAUAACAGUUUUGCAAAGUUUUAAGAAGUGGAGAAGGACAGGAGAAAAUUUGAAUGGUGCAAUUAUGAUUGGAGUCUUGGAGAAUUUUCUUUUAAAUGGGUAACUGGAAAAAAUAUAAUCAAUAUUAAAUAAUUUGAAAAGCGUUUCAGAUGAUCAAAUCAAAAAAAUAAAAGAUUGUAUUGAAAAAUCUUUAUAGUUUCCAAAGGGAGAUUAAAAAUUAGAUUACAUAAUGGAUUAUCUAAAAUCAUCUGAUCCUCAUAAUAUUUUUGCUGAGAAAUUGAUCUUAGAAUAUGUUAAAAGAGUAAAAGGGAAUUUAAAAUCAGAUGAUGAAUUGAUAAAAAUAUCAAAAAAUCUUUUUUCUGUAUAAAUAUCUGUAAUUAGAGAUGAUGAUUAAAAUAAUUUUAAUAUUAUAUUAGAUCCUAAAGACAAAGAUCUAAUUAUUUUAUACAAUUUUAAUUCAAAAUAUUAUGUAAUAUAAAAAGAAGUUGGUCCCUAAUUAUAUAAGUGUUUAUAUUGUACUAAAUAAAUAUCAGAAGAUUAUUAUAAAAUGAACUGCUCUUAAAUAAUUUGUUAUUAAUGCUUAAAAAAAUUUUUCGAUUAAGGGCAUAAAUAGGUUUAAUGUAAAGAGAAAGGUUGUACAUCUACAAUAACAUGUAAUGACUAUUAAAAAAUUUAAAAUAAAAAGAAAGAAAUUGAAAAAACUGCAUAACUAAAUCAAAUUAUUCAAUAAAAAGCUGAGGAAAAAGGAAAAUCAAUAUAAAAUGAUUAAGAUUUAUCUAAAAAAUGUUUGAUUAGUAAAAAGCAUCCUGAAUCAUAAUUAAAACAAAAUAAUUUCAUCACUCCAUAAAGCAAUUAAGAGGCGACUAAUUAGUGUGAGGUUUGUUUCAACUUUUUUUAAAUAUCGACCAUAUAUACAGCUGAAUGUUCACAUAAAUUUUGUUAGAUUUGUUGUGAUAAAGAAAUAAAAAAAAAUAUUAGUUGUUUUUAAUGUUACAAAGUAAAUUGUGGAUACAAGAUCAGAAUAGAUGAUAUUUAGAAAUUCUUUUAUAAAAAAAUUUAAAGUUUGACAUUUGGUAAUUGUGCUAAUUGUAAUCAAGAGUGUAAAAUUUUUUAAUCAUUUUAAAACAAAUGUUAGCAUCUUAUUUGUUAUAAUUGUGUGAAAUAGAUUUAUACAGAAGGACGUAAUUCCAUUUGUAAAUAAUGCUAAAUCUAUAUAAAUCCAAAGGAUUUGGAUGAUUAUUAUUUACCAUAAGCAUCAUAGGAAAUUUAGUAAAUCGAUCCAAUUUAAUAAGGUUUAGAAUAGUUGUCAUGUACAUUUUGUAACUCUCCUUUCACAGAUUAUAAUUUAUUACAAGAUAUACCUUGUUAAAUCCAUCUUCUUGGAACUUGUUGUAUAAUAUUUCCAGCAGAUUGCCCCUAAUGUUAAAUUGGUUCUUUGAUUUUUGAAAAAAGUAAUUUUAUACUAAUUUUUAGAGAAACUAAAAUUUGAAUUAUACCAAAAUGUGAUGUAUAAUUUUAAUUUCGCCUCUUAAAGUUCAAUUAAGUGA